GAUAAAUGUUUUAUUAACUAGAUAUACGUAUACGUAUUGUAUACCCAUCGUACGAUCAGAUAUAAUGAAUGCCGAGUUAAACGGUGAAGGAAUUUCAAACUUGAGUCUUCCUACAAACCGGUUUGUCUCGAAUAAUAUUAAAAAGAAUAAAAGUAAAGAACCUAGCGUCUUCCAUUUGCUUCAUUGUAUAAUACGCGAGAUCUCAAAGUUGAUAGACGGAAUCAUGAUUUUUGUAUCUGUUUGACAAACGUGUUAAUAUUUUCGUCUCUGUUCAUCACAGAUUGUGGACUUUAUUUGAAAGAUUGUUAAAAAUUCAUGUAUGCGAUAUCUCAAAUGAAAUGAGAGGAGUAAUUAUAUUUCUCAUUAUAACAGUAAUUCAUUUAAGUUGUGAAUUGAAUAGUGACACGCGUCAAUCAAAGUAUCCUCGAUACGAAUUUAUUUUACAUAAAUGUAUAGCCAGUGCGCAACUACAUCGAAGAUAUCAGAACGUACAGAAAUCAAAUGUUAAUUCGAAUAAGAAUGAAAAUUUCUUGCAUAAAGCGUAUGCUUUAUAUGCGAUGCAACAGAACAAUUCUACUUCCCUCCCGUUGGAACCGGAAGUAUCGUCUACAAGUAUUUCUAUAAAUACAGAAUUAAAUAAUUCCGAGAUAUAUAAAUCGUGACAGUAAAAAGUAAUUCUUUAAUGAAAGAUAAUUAUGUUUACAUGUUAAAAAACAAUGUAAAUACAAUAAUUACAAUCACGAUAACGCUGUGAUGUAAAGUAAUAC